AUGCGCCGCUUCCUCACCGACAGGGCGCGCCGCGCGGUGGCCGCUUCCCUGCGCGGCGCCACCAGACCAGCCGCGCCGUCUCCGGCUCCGGCUCCGGCUCCGGCCGCGGCGCUGUCUCGACCUUCCCCUUCUGCUCCUUCGGCGAUGGCGGCCUACAUGGCGAGGACCAUGUCCACUUCGGCCGCCGGGACGCCGCCAGUGUCACUUGACACCAUCAACCCCAAGGUCUUGGAGUUCAAAUAUGCUGUUCGUGGAGAGAUUGUUACACAUGCUCAGAACUUAGAACAAGAGUUACACAAAAAUCCAGAAUCGCUUCCUUUUGAUGAGAUACUCUACUGUAACAUUGGAAAUCCUCAUUCCCUUGGUCAACAACCUGUUACAUUUUUUAGAGAAGUCCUCUCUUUAUGUGAUCAUCCAGCUCUCUUGGACAAAAGUGAGACUCAUGCUCUAUACAGUUCAGAUGCUAUAGAGAGAGCGUGGCAAAUUCUAGAGAAGAUCCCAGGAAGAGCGACAGGAGCAUAUAGCCAUAGUCAGGGUGUGAAAGGUUUGCGUGAUGAAAUUGCUGCCGGUAUUGCUGCUCGUGAUGGUUUCCAUGCUAGUGGAGAUAACAUCUUUCUUACAGAUGGAGCUAGCCCAGCAGUCCACAUGAUGAUGCAGUUACUGAUAAGGUCUGAGAAGGAUGGCAUUCUCUGCCCUCUUCCACAAUACCCGCUGUAUUCUGCAUCAAUUGCCCUUCAUGGUGGUUCUUUUGUUCCUUAUUUCCUUGAUGAAGAGGCAGGGUGGGGGCUAGAGGUUGAUGAGCUUAAAAAACAAUUAGAUGAGGCUCGAUCUAAGGGUAUCACUGUCAGAGCGCUCGUGGUCAUAAAUCCGGGAAACCCGACUGGACAGGUUCUUGCGGAGGAAAACCAAAAGAAAAUUGUUGAAUUCUGCAAGAACGAAGGACUUGUUCUUCUUGCAGAUGAGGUUUACCAAGAAAACAUAUAUGUUGAGGAUAAGCAGUUCCACUCUUUCAAAAAGAUUGCACGGUCAAUGGGAUACACCGAUGAUGAUCUUCCUUUGGUAUCGUUCCAGUCAGUUUCGAAAGGUUACUAUGGAGAAUGUGGUAAACGAGGAGGCUACAUGGAAGUAACUGGGUUUAAUGCAGAUGUAAGAGAACAAAUUUACAAGGUGGCAUCAGUGAAUCUUUGUUCCAAUAUCUCUGGCCAAAUUCUCUCUAGCCUCAUAAUGAACCCACCCAAGGUAGGGGAUGAAUCCUAUGAAUCCUUCAUGGUAGAGAGAGAUGGUAUUAUUUAUUCCGCGUGCUCGGCGUGCAAAGCCUUGGAAGAAGCAUUCAACAGUUUAGAAGGCAUCACCUGCAACAAGGCUGAGGGUGCAAUGUAUUUGUUCCCUCGCCUUCAUUUACCCCAGAAGGCGAUUGGGGCUGCCCAAGCAGCUGGUGCUGCCCCAGAUGCAUACUAUGCUCUCCGCCUUCUUCAAGCCACUGGAAUUGUCGUCGUUCCUGGAUCUGGAUUUGGUCAGGCUCCUGGAACGUAUCACUUCAGAUGCACGAUCUUGCCUCAGGAGGACAAAAUCCCUGCAAUCAUAUCCAGAUUCAAGGAAUUCCAUGAGAAAUUCAUGGACGAAUUCCGUGAUGUUAGCCGUGAUGAAGCACCCACCGGUACUACGAUUGAAAGCAGAGGAGAUUAA